AUGCAGCGUCUAGUUCGUGGGUCUACGUUUAUAACCACGCAGAUUCUGAAGAAGCCUCCUAAGGUUGCUUCAACCAAGUUAUAUUUCUCUACCUGCAAUAAAGUUGAAGACGAGAUGAAGAAGAAACUAAAGGUUAACCCUAUGGCUGAAAAGGAGCCCCUAGAGCGCUUUCCCAAUGAUAUUAACCCACGAACUGGGGAAAGGGGUGGACCACGGGGACCCGAACCGACGCGGUAUGGAGACUGGGAACGCAAGGGAAGGUGCAUCGACUUUUAG